AUGCUGCACGAACUGUUUCUGCUCCUCUCUGGGCACACCUCGCCCAUCCUGACCCCCGACGGCCUCCCACCCGACUUCCCCCUCGUCUCGCCGUCAGAAAGAGCAAUCCUAACCUCCCUCUCCUCACUAGGCCACCUGCACAUCGCCCUCCGCAUCUCCUGCACCAAGAUCACCAGCACACACCCAAGCACCAUCGCCCGCGCCGUCGCCAGCGGCAUCGAAACCCACCACCUCCACGCCUUCCGCACGCAGAUCCUCACCGUCGAGCGCAGCAUCCUCGCGCACCACAACACCUCGGGCACAUACGACAUCGUCUCCCUCGCCAAGGUUCUCAGCGGCUUCGAGGGGUGGGAGCGCACGCUGCACUACCUCCACGGGCUGACAACCACAGUCCUAUCCAAGCGCCUCAAUGGCGCAACCAUCAUUGACCGCCUGCGCGCCGACAUCCACACGGGCUUCCCCACGCUGGAGGCCGUGGCGCUGCACCUGCUGAAGGUGGCCGAGACGGCGUGGCUGCGCGAGGUGGCGUCGUGGGUGCUGUAUGGGCGUCUGCCGACGAGCGCGUGGGGCGCCGGCGCAGACUUCUUCAUCGCCGAGAGCGACGCCGGGGCACAGCAGCAGGCCGACGCGGCAGCGGCGGAUGAAGACGGUGCUGGGGGCGCUGCCGCCGCAGGGGCGCUGAAGGAGUAUACCCUUAAGCCCACGCACCUGCCGGGCUUCCUCCGCCCCGAGACUGCGUCCUCGAUCCUGUUCAUUGGCCGCGCCCUCUCCAUCAUCCGCCUGCGCGGCACCACCGCCGACACCACCGCCACUACAACCACCGCCACCACCGCAUCCCCGGAGAUGUCCCUCCUCCCCAGCCACCUCGCACACCUGCGUGCCCUCACCUCCCCGCUCAACCCCCACACGCUGCACACCUCCAUCGCCGCCAUCCGCCUCUCGCUCAGCCGGCACACACUCCAAACCCUCCUCCCCGCCGCGCGCAUCAUCGACAUCGUCCACGUGCUACGCGAGUUCUUCCUCCUCGGCCGCGGCGAGUUCGCCGUGGCACUGAUCCACCAGAGCAGCGAGGGCGUGCGCAACCGGUGGCGGCGCGCAGCCGCCCCCGCGCCCAGCAUGGUCGUCAAAGAGGGCGAGGUGUCCGCCAUCUUAACACGCACAUGGGGGGUGCUCGCGGGUCUGGUGGGCGAGGAGGCGGUGGACGAGCGGCUAGAUACCGCGCGGGACCUGCUGUAUCUCUCUCUUUCCGCCGCGGGGGGCAGCAGCGGGACGGCGGACAGCUUCAAGAGCCAUCUGGUGGGCGUGGGGGUGGCGCUGAACUUCCACCUGACGUGGCCGCUGGAGCUGUUUCUGCAGGCGGGGGAUCUGGAGGUGUAUGAUGGGCUGUUUGCGUAUCUUGUUUCUGUGCGCAAGACGCAGCUGCGGCUGCAGGGGCUGUGGCGGAGCCGGCGGCCGGUGAGGGCGGUCGGGGCGAUGCGCGCGGUGCUAAAGAGGAGGGAGAGGGCCGAGAGGGGGGUGUGGGCGACGGCGAGCCUGGCGGUGUUUUUUCUGGAGACUGUGGUGGAGUAUUGGCAGGGGGAGGUGAUCGCGGGUGAGUUUGGGAGGCUGUUGGUGGUGCUUGGGGACGGCGUUGAGGAUGGGCCUGUUGCGGAGGACGAGGAGGAGGAUGACGAUGUGGAGAUGGCGGAGCAUGAUAUCUGGAUGGACAGUGGCAGCGCAGCGGCAGCGGCAGUGGAGAAAGAAACCCCCCACACCGACACCACCAAGAAGCAGCAAGACCCCGAAUCCCUCAUGCGCGCCCACCAACUCUACCUCAUGCGCCUGCGGCGCGGGCUCUUCCUCGCCGACGGCGUCUUCGCGCCGCUGCUCAAGCGCUUCCUCAUCGCGUGCGACGGGCUCGCGUCGGCCAUCGAGGCGCUGCUCCGCCGGCACGAGAGCGCGGACCUGAAGCGCGAGGUGGAGGGCGAGGGCGCGGAGGGCUUCGCGACGAUGGAUGAGGAGCGGGAUUUCUUCGCGGCGGGGGUGGCGGGGGCAGGGGAGGGGGAGGCGGAGAGGGAGGGGGGAAAGAUUGAUAGGUUGCUGAUGAGGCUGGAUUUGGGGAAUUUGGUGGGGGAUGUUUAG